UCUGUAUAAAAUGACAAAACUAAACUGCCAAAAUCUAAAAUUAGUCAGUAUCGCAUCGAUCAAGAAUGUGUCAAUAACUAAAUAUUUAACUCUGUUCUUAUCAAUCUCAGCCAGUUUAAAAAUGGAAAUAUUCCCGUCCUGCAUAGUUCUCAAUGCAAUCCUUGUGUUCCUUAGUCCCGUCGUGAUGGGAAGAACGGAUCUGAAUUAUUACGAAAAUGCGAGAAAUUCUGCCUCCUCGUGGGAUAAUAAUUUGAGACGGGAAAGAAGCAAUAAUUUCAAUAGGUUGGACCAGCAGGAGGACCUGAUAUCUGAAGGGUCACAUCGUUACGGUCAAAUCAGACGAGGUGGACCACCUUCUUACCAUCAUGGGAGAAGAAAUAAUAAUGCCCUGACUUCUUUCCUAUUCGGUCUUGGCGCAGGGUCAGCGGCACUUUUUGGUGGGGCCAUAGCCGCUGGGGUUGUCUCGACGGGAUGAAAAUUGCAUUAUUUUACUAUUUGAAUUUAGUUCUGAUUUUAUUUAUUUAUCCUGCAUCUCAUAACACCACAUCAUCAUCAAAUUCCCUAUUUUACGUAUAACAAAACGCAUUCUACAAACUUUAUUAUUGGCAUCGAACUACGAAAUUAAGUUAUUUUGCUUUCUAAUAAACAAACAAUGAUAGUGACACAAAACUUCAAUACUAUACUUCCAAUUUAAUGACAUGCAUAAUUAUCAAGAUUUAUUGAUCCCGUUACAUCUCACUCUUAUUUUCGGUGUAGCCCUUUUCUCGUCUAGUCUGAAUGGAAGGCACUUUCUCACGGCACCAAACCACGUACGUUAAGGGAUCCCGUUACAGCAGGUAUUUCGUCACGUUGUUAUGUGCCACCUUUAUUGCGAGGUCCCGUUGAUCUGGCUAAAUUUAGCGUGAUUGACAAUGAUUUUAUGCUGGACGCUUAAUGAUUAUUAUGACGUUAAGGGAAGGGUAAGGUCAAGGCUUUUCCAUGUCCAAGGCUCAGUUCAUCGCAGAAUUUCGUGGUAUCAUCACGAUUUUUUUGCUGUCCUUAUCAUUAUUUUGAAGAAUCUGGAAAAAUGCAUAACACCCGAUUUUUCAUGGGUGUGUCCACCCUAUUUCUGAUUAAUUUGUUAAGAAUUUCUACAGUUUUGAGUGAAAGAAGUAAUUCCAGCGGUGGGAUGAAUCAAGUCAUUAAUCAGAGCGUUUCGGAUUCUGAGUCGGUGAAUGUGCAGAACAAUUUGGCAUCUGCGGAGAAUGAAGUCUCAGACGAGUCAGAUGACAGCGAAGAUUUUGAAGAUGUCAUCAACUCGCAUGAAAUGCACUCGAACGCCACAGAGUUUCAGUGUGUGGAGGAUUCCCUAGACAAAAAUGGAGAAAUUAUGACCAGCGAGGUCGACAUCUGCAAAGCCGUAUCGCUCCAAUGCCUUCACGACAGUUUGCAAACACUUUUGGAAGAUCCAAACAAACAAGUUUCAGGACGAGAUUACGCCUGCAUCCUACUUAAUCUCUUACAAAGAAAUACCGAGCACACCAACACCGUCACAAGUUUGGAGUCAGCCCUUAAAAAAACGGAAAACGAGUUGAACAAACUCACCAAAACUGUGGAUUCUCACGACGCAAAAUUCAUCCCGAUCGACAAACUAAACUAUUUUGAACAUUUGGACAAGAUCAAUUCCGAUUUUGAAACGAAUGCUGCCCAACGAGUCCAAAAACUGGAAGAACAAGUCACCAACCUCACCCAAGAUAUGACCGUAAUGGAAAUGCGACGCUCCAACGGGGAAUCCCAAAUUAAAAAGAUGGUCCUCGAGAACCAGAAACAUUUCGAAGAAUUGUCCCAAAAAUUAAACUCUUCCGUUGACAAGGAACAAUCCCAAUUCAACGCCUUUGAAGAAUCUCUCCUCCAGUUGGAAAACAUUGGAAACAUGUGGUCUGAAAUUUCCACCCACGUGGAACAAUUGGAGUCACGCAGUUCAAAAACUGAGGUUGAAAUGGUUUCGAAAAUUCAAGAAAUUUCUACAAACUUGACCAUCCUUCGUGACCAAGUUGUUCACGAAACUGACCGCGUCAUCAAGGCGGAGACCACUUUGAGACAAGACCUCCUCGAAACUAUCUCCACUUCUAGCAAAACAUUGGAGACUAAUCUCACCCAAAAAAUUGACGACUGUCAAGACACCUGUUUAAAAUCGCAUGCCACCCUCGCCCAGGAACUGGACCACCACACGGCACAAAUUCACACCGAGAUGGAAAACGCCACCCGAAGUAUGAAAGAACUCUUACAAGUCCCCAUCAAAUCCUUGGACAGUCUUGAGGUCGACCUAAACUCGCUCAUCGUGAGCGAAAAAUCUCGCGCACAACGAGCCGAAGCCAUCCUGGCGGAAACCCUGCUGAAACACACGGCCACCAAUGUCGAACUCCAAGCCAUGAUUAACAACGAAGUACAACGCGCAACUCUGUCUGAAGACGGUUUACAGAACUUAAUCAAAGAACAAAAAUCCAAACUGGUCAUUCUCUCGGACGACAUGCGAGCUCAGAUCAACAUAGAAUCCCUCCGAGCUAAAGGAACCGAGGCGCAGUUGUCCUCCAUCAUUACGAAAGAGAUGGAGAAAACGACCAAGGGUCACACCGAUGUGCAAGCCAGGAUGGAAAAGUUGGCCUCUGUUUUAAUCGAAGAGUCAAAAAGAGCCAUGAAUGCAGAGGAAGAGCUGGAAAGUAAAAUAGCUGAAGAAAUUUCACGCGCACAAACAACCGAAUCCGGUCUGCUGGACAAUAUCAAUGACGAGCUUAAACGAGCCUCAGAACGGGAGGACGUUUUGAAGGAAAUGUCGGUCGGAAAUGGGCACAAAAUCAACCUCGCUGAAGAAAAGGUGGCAACUUUACAGAAAAAUUUAGACAAACAGAUCGAAAACUGUGAUCAAGUCGUGAAUGUGAAUGUCAAUUUGAACAAUAACUUUGCAAAGAUGAUGUCCGACCAUGUCACGUUGAAGGAUCAUCUUAACGCGAGAAUGAACAACGAAACGGAACGUGCGGAACGAGUGGAGGGCGACAUUUUAAAGGCGAUAACUCAAUUGGCCAACCAAUCUGUGGAACUGGAGGGGAAAAUUGUGGCAGAAUUGACCACUCACACGGAGAAAGUCGAGACCGCCCUGCUUUCCCAGAGGAACUUGACUGAAGAACUGGGCCUCGGUUUCAAUCAGGUGAAAGUGGACCAUGCCCAAAAUUAUAGUCUGAUCGUGGACAAGAUGACGACGCUGGGGGAGGUCGUUGUACAUCAAUUGGACAAAGUUGCCUCUGCCACGGGAGAAGCUGGCAAAAAUUUUACGGUACACUUGCUCACAUUGGCGAGUGAGGUGGAUGAUAAGAUUGACGCGUUAAGUAAUCGGGUUAACGAGAGGUUUGAGAAAUUGGAGUCGGAAAUUUCAGAACUAAACGCUUUCAAAACUCCACCAAAACCAGUUCCAACUCAAUCGAGUGGCGUUUUUAAUCGGAUUGUAGGAUUUUUUGCGAGACGACCGAACAGUAGAAAUGGUACGAAGACAAUCAGGAGAAACCUCGUUAAGAAAAAUAACAAUCUCACGGUGACAAAGCAGAGGAAAAGCUCAGAACCGGAAGUGAAAGUUGACAAGGAUAAGAAAGAAGGUGACCCAAUCUCGACCCGGUUGAGAGUUGAGGACGUAUUUUCUGAGGAAAAAUAUGAUGACGAGCAUACCACAGAAGAGGAAUUGAUAACUCAGUUAACUGACGGGAUAAAGUUGAGGAGAAAAGGGGUCGGGAGUGGGAGACAGAUUCCAAUCAUGAUUCAAAGAUCGAAUUCAAAAAUUAGAAAUAUUUAUGGCUAAAAAACAGGAUUUGUUACUUAACUAAGGUUGGAAAUAUACAGGUGCUCAUGCAAAUUCUAAUUAAGUUCAUGAUGUAGAUAAGAAAUAUCAUUUUUCAUGAUAAUUAAGACAAUUAGUUAUGAUAAUAAUUGCUGUAUGGUGCUUCCUGUUAGUGUUUAUUAUACAUUGAGACCAUUUUAUACGUUAUUUAUUCAUAGAUUUCUCGCCGGUUUGGGUGCAAAAUAAAACCUGAUUUGUACCCAGUUGGCAUUAUUAAAACAAAUUGAUUGAUUAAAUACUACGCCCUCAUUUAA